AUGAACCAAACAGAUCUUCAGUAUGAAGCCAAAACCAGCUUUUUUAGAACCUUAUGGUUUAAACCCAACAAAACCACCUCACCAGACCUCAUCCCUCUCUUCUGUGACUGCAUCCAAGCUGCUUCAUCCAGAACAAAGGAAUAUCUGCUCUUCAGUGACCCAGAGAGCAAGUUCCACCCGAGUUCUUCAGCCCUUAGUGAGAUCUUUCUGAUGACCUACAUCCAACGCAGCAGCCAACUGAAUCUCACCAACAUUUUCAACUGCACGGCCAUGACCCCAGAACAGAAGAUACUCCUAGGUGCCAGCUGGGUCUGGGCUGUGCUGGAUCAGCCAAGCAAGAACCCCAAAAUUCAGAUCGCAGUCCAGGUUUUUCAUCUACCAGAGAGAACGGAAGGGAACGUUGAGGAACUGUCCUUAGAUAUCUACAGAGAGAUCAUGCGAAUGGCUGGGAUGGAAGUGGUGUUGAGGACCCAAGCCGAGAGGAUGGUGGAAUUCUGUGCUUCCGUUGGCAGAGACUGUUACGCGCUUUUCAUGUUCUUUGGACGCAAAAAUGACGAAGGGAACAUUUAUGGCUUGCUGAGCAAUAAUCUGCAUGCAGCUGUUGGAAAAUGUGUACAGAUUGAUCAAGUUUUUAUUGAUCACUUCUUCAAAGGAGCCAAAUGCUUCGCCACUCCAAGCGGGAUGUUGCAAGCAGUAGUUGGCAAGGAGGGUGAUGACCCUCUUACCAUGCUUGUGAAAUUCACCUAA